GGACGUGACGUCAUCGCCUUCGAGGCCCUCCAGUGGGUCGCCGGUCCUCGUCCCGCGCGCGCAGCCUCCGCCGCCGGGAACAUGGCGUCUGCCCUGGAGCAGUUCGUCAACAGCGUCCGCCAGCUCUCGGCCCAAGGGCAGAUGACUCAGCUUUGUGAACUGAUCAACAAGAGUGGGGAACUCCUUGCGAAGAACUUAUCCCAUCUGGACACGGUGCUUGGGGCUCUGGAUGUCCAGGAGCACUCCCUGGGAGUCCUUGCUGUUUUGUUUGUGAAGUUCUCUAUGCCCAGCAUUCCUGACUUCGAGACGCUGUUCUCACAGGUUCAGCUCUUCAUCAGCACUUGUAACGGGGAGCACAUUCGCUAUGCAACAGACACCUUUGCUGGGCUUUGCCAUCAGCUAACAAAUGCACUUGUGGAAAGGAAACAGCCCCUGCGCGGAAUCGGCGUCCUUAAGCAGGCCAUUGACAAGAUGCAGAUGAACACAAACCAGUUGACCUCCGUCCAUGCUGACCUUUGCCAGCUGUGUUUGCUGGCGAAGUGCUUUAAGCCCGCCCUCCCGUACCUGGACGUGGACAUGGUGGACAUCUGCAAAGAGAAUGGGGCCUACGAGGCCAAGCACUUCCUGUGCUACUAUUACUACGGCGGGAUGGUCUACACCGGGCUGAAGAACUUCGAGCGAGCACUCUACUUCUACGAGCAGGCCAUCGCCACCCCUGCUAUGGCCGUCAGCCACAUCAUGCUGGAGGCAUAUAAGAAGUAUAUCCUCGUUUCUUUGAUACUGCUUGGCAAAGUGCAGCAGCUGCCAAAAUACACGUCUCAAAUUGUGGGUAGAUUCAUUAAGCCUCUUAGCAACGCGUACCACGAGUUAGCGCAAGUUUAUUCCACCAACAACCCCUCGGAGCUCCGCAACCUGGUGACCAAGCACAGCGAGACCUUCACUCGUGACAGCAACAUGGGGCUGGUGAAGCAGUGCCUGUCCUCGCUGUACAAGAAGAACAUCCAGAGGCUCACCAAGACCUUUUUAACGCUGUCCUUACAAGACAUGGCGAGUCGCGUGCAGUUGUCGGGGCCUCAGGAGGCCGAGGAGUACGUCUUGCACAUGGUGAGUGUGUCGCUGUUUUCCAAAAAGUAACCACUGGAUUCUUGU